AUGCCGUGGCAACUGAUGGCGACUACGACGGAAGAGAGGGCAGAGAUCGCUGCGCGGGCUUCAGUCCGAGUUACCCAUGGAAAAGGAAGGCAAGAGGUACACAUCCAAGGCCAGGCUAAUUUGCUUGUCUGGAAAGAAGAUGACGAACAGGAUCGUGCAGCUACUACUGUACCCCGUUUUUUGUUGCGUAUUGCAGCCGUCCGUGUUAAUGGUGAGGACAAAACUUGCACUUGCAACGUUGAAAUGCCACAAAACAAGUGGAUAAUUGCUCAGCCUGUUGAACGACGGAGCGCCAAUGGAAACCAUGUUGCCUAUGAGGUGAGCAUUACAUGCCCUGUGGAGGGCAAUGACACGGAGGUUUAUUCCAUCCUCCUCCGUCUUCCUAUCAUUGGAGGCAACCGAGCAACCCAAGAGCUCUUCUUUGCAGCAAUCAGCUUCGCGAGUCAGUACUAUUACGAUGACAAGGAUCUUGAGUGA